AUGCCGCCGUCUUUUCUCAACUUCAAGGAGCUUCGCAGGCGAUCACGGGCCAGCUUCCGCACGGAGCGCUCCACUGACACGUCAAGCAAUGACGAGCAUGGCAGCCACGAUGCCGGAACUCCGACCACCGGCUCCCUGACGCCGCCCUCCGUUGGUGCUCAAUCAGAUCCCGCGCUGAACCUCCAGAUCAAAGACCAGCAGGCACCGCCAGUGCCCCCCGUACCUAGCCGACCGCCGCUCUCGGGUUCGCCCACCAACCGAUAUAGCAUGUCAGGAAUGGCUGGACUCGGGUCGCCGUCGGUCAAGGGGCGUGCAUCGUUCCCGACAUCCCAAUACGCCCCCAGGAUUACCAACGUUUCAGAGAACGCUUGGGUAUCUCAAAAGGUCCUUCUCUUGAAUGGCACCGUUGGCGAGGAUCUCCACCAAUUGCUCGAUGGUACCGUGACAGUCAGUCGUCUUGAUGAUGCAUUCCCGCCAACUUCAUGGCCAGUGUGCGAGUCGCACUUCAAGGCUCUUGUGUACUUGAACCCAGGCGCGAACAAGCUGCGAUUCGACUUCUCGAGCCCAAAGCUGGCCAAUAGUGGAACCUCGAACCCGAUACAUACUUCUUACACUACCGUCCAUAUGGUCCCUUCAACCAAUGCACCCCCGUUGCAAUUGGCCAUUCUGCUGGCAAAAGACUCACCAGGGACAUUCGACGCUGUGCCGGCGCGGAUAGAAAAGGAAGGAAACGACCUCGACACAGCUAUUCGCAAAUUCCGCAUGGCCGCGUAUCUGUGGCAGGCUUUCACCGCGGAGCAGAUGUCGAGAAACAAGCUUGGGCGGCGAACAUUCAGAUUCGAGGAGGAGUGGACGACGGGCAGCUGCAACGUCCGUGAUCGAGAAUGGGGCACGAUGCGAUCUGAAGCACGUAUCCAUGUCAUCCGCACCGACAAGACUCUCGCCGAGAUGCGCGACAUUGAGCGUGCGCAGCAAAACACCAAAGCCUCCAAAGGGGGUGAGCUGUACUCGAUAGCCGCGGACGCAGUCAAAGACUACUUCAAGCCGCUGCCGGGUCAGAAGCAGUACGUCUCGGUGCUGCUUCUCGAUGCUCACUGGGACACCAACCUGAAGCUGAUCACUGGACACGCCGCGCUUGGUGGUAAUGCUGGUGACCUUCACCUUGCUGUUUUUGGCUCGCAUUGCAUGCAGAGCUAUCCGAUGACGUUUGAAGAGGUGGUUCCUGCUUUCAGCGACUGCACUCCGACCGACACCAACCAUGUCGCCAACGACUGCAACGACUGCGGAAGCUCUUGGGAAGCUGCCAAUAUCGGCAUCGGGGCCCAUAUGCACGAGACUGGCCACCUGUUUGGAUGCCCGCAUCAGGAGAGCGGCGUCAUGCUUCGGGACUACGUCACGCUCAACCGCUCGUUCGUGAGCAGGGAGGCGUACUCGACAAGGACAAAAUCCAAAGGAGGCUUCGUUGGGCAAGAUACCGAGUGCACGUGGCACAGGCUCGACUGCCUCCGGUUCCGCAGCCACCCGUGCUUCCGUCUGCCCAAUGAUCCGACGCCCCAUCCCGACGACAGCCUGCAGGCAUGGCCGGUCGAGAACGGGCAGGUUCUGAUUACCACAGCCUCAGGUGUAUCUUUUAUCGAGCUGUACGCCGAAGGCGACGAAGUAUGCCACGCCUGGAUCGAGUACGGGCUCGAGAACGGGUCAGUUUAUCGAACCCUAGCCCUGACGGAGAACGAGCUCCGUGAACGACUACCUGAGCAGAAGCGCCGGCUCAAGCUCAGACUCGCUAUCAAGUCUCACGGAGGGGGCAACUUGGACAUCGAUGACUUUCAUGCCCUGUGCUCGAAAGCGUCAGCCAUUAAACUGUCUCUGACCAAGUCCGCCUACCGAAGCAUCAAGCUCGGUCUCUCAAAUAUGGAGGGCAGCCAGCCGGAAGAGUUCAUAUUCUCGAGUGCCACGCACUUGAACCGUGUCAUGUCGAGGGUCGUCUUCUAUCACGGCUUCGCUCUUGAUGGUGUGGAGUUCUUCUAUGAUGACGGCUCGAGCCAGCUGCUGGGCAAGAGGGGCGGCAAGCCCGGCGGAGACAGCUUCGAGAUGGAUAUUCGAAGGGGUGAAUACAUCACUGGGUUCUUCGUCAGAUCGGGUGCUUGGAUCGACGCACUACAAGUGUUUACCAGCAUGGGCAGGAAGUCAGCCAUAUACGGCAACGCAACGGGAGGCUCCGCGCGCACGCUGCUUGCACCUCGCGGAUACACUGUUUGCGGUGUUUCGGGCUCUUCUGGCGCGUGGAUGGACGGAUUUUCUGUCAUCAUCACGCACUAA